AUGAAGGAUGCCUUGGUUGCAUCAGUUGCUACGUUUCACAUGAAGAAGAUCAUCAUCUCUGAUCCAAUCAAGUUCCCUCACAAUGGCUCCAUUCCUGAAUCCAUGUAUCGUUGUGUCACAACCGAAAGUCAUGUUAUGGCGGAUUACAGGAAGCUUACUCCUAUGGGACCGAGAGUCCUUACUCCAGAACAGAAGGCUGCCCUGGAAUUUGUUGACAAGCCUAGCAACCGAGGGAAACACACUACCACAAAGAAGGAGCCAACAGAGGAGGAUAAGUCUAAAGCUUCUAAGUCACGGAAGCGAAAGUCUGAUAAAGGAGAUUCUUCUAAGUCCAAGAAGAUUAAAAAGAUGGAACGGAGGUCCAAGAGUCCCACUCCUCCCAGCUCAGAAAAUGAUAAAGAGGAUGAAGAAGAGGAAAGUCAUCAUGAAUCACCGAGAGGUAAUACACCUCCCAGAUCCCCAACUCCAACCGAACCCAUUCAUAACAAAAUUCCUACCCUACCUCCAUCACCAAAACAGACUAUUUCAGUUUCGGUUGCUACCAUUCCUCCUAUUACUACUUCCUCACAAACAACAACUUCUUUAUCACCACCUCCACCAGUUACUUAUAUUCCUAUUUCUACAACUCCAUUACCACCUCCUAUAAUUUCCCAACCCACCACCACUACGAUUCCUGAACCGACAGUGGGGGUCAACGUAUCUGAUACGGGGACCACUACUGUAACUGAAACUCCAUUCAUCAAUAAACCACUUUCACCCACCCACUCAACCGAUACCGUUGCUACUCUCGGUGGUGAGAAUGACGAGUAUGACUCUACAUACUUUAGUCCAUAUCGGUUUCCAACUGAUGAGGAUGAUGAUACUCCUAUCACUAGCCAACAUUUGCAAAGCAUUAAUGAGAAACUCGAUCGAUUGCUUGAAGACAACAAAGCCUAUAGUGCCCGGAAACACAGCCGUUAUAGUGUGGUCCUCAAAGCCUUUCUGGAAACUACUCUGGAACAAUAUAUGGAGUCUAUUGAAAAAUCCACAAAAGCUGUUGAUGCUUCUACUUCCUCUUCCAAAAAGGCCUCAACUGCUGUUACUGAGAUUGUUCAAACAACUCAGAUUUUUCUUGAGUCUCUGAAAGGGCAUGCCAACACAAAUGCAGCCAAGGUACAAGCCUCUGUGGAUUCACUUUCUAAGUCCCUUCAAGAAGAAAGCACCAAGUUUGAAGCUGUUCGUUCUUCCAUCCAAAAAGAGAACACUUCACUUCUCGGUUCUGUGUCUUCUCGGCUGGAAUCUCUUCAUGCUGAUCUCGCUAAAGAAAGUGCUUUAAAGGAAGAACUUGCCUGUCAAUCAACUCAGCUUGAAGUUCAGAAGGUUCAGCUCGCUCACGCUGAAAAGGAAAUUGGUUUGUUGAAGACUCAAAGAGUUGUUUUUUGCAGCUGUGCAGGGGAUGUUAAGGAUAUGCUCACCAACAUUCUUGGUGCUCAUGAUCCUAUUAUAACUUUGACCAUUCGGAAUCAUCUCACCACAAAACUGACUCCUGCCAUUUCCAUGUUACAUGAAAUGAAGGAAACUACACAACAAAGUGUUCAACCGAAAGUGACUGUGAAAACAGAAACUACACAACCAGAAGUCCAAGUCACAAAUAAAUUGAAGGAUAAUGUAGCUUCAGGAUUUGGUACACAAGAAAAGACCACUGAUGAUAGUGAUAGUGAUGUUGGUGAAACUAUUGCUGAGGCUCUCAAGAGAAAGAAGAGGGACCUAGAGUUGGAUGAAACUCCCAAAGUUGCAAAGGAAGCAGAGGAGAGGGAAAGGAGAAACAAGGAAAAGAAGAAGCCUUGA